UAGAUGAAUUUACUUCGCCCAUCUGAAAUGUCAGUGAAAUGUAUUAUUCUGCUAGUGACCAACUACUUUUUAUAUACCCACGGCCUAAAUAAAAAUCCUUCCAUUCUCAUAAUUGGUGCUGGACCUUCAGGAAUAGCUGCAGCGAGUAGACUAUGGAAAAACAAUUUUACUAAUCUAAAAAUUCUCGAGGCUGAAAACAGAAUAGGUGGACGUAUCCAUAGUGUUAAAUUUGGAGAUGCCUAUCUCGACUUAGGUGGUGAGUGGUGUGAUGGAGAAAAAGGUAAUAUUGUCUUUGAAAUGGUAAAGCAGUACGAUAUUUUGAGGCAUACAAGCUUUUCCAUGCACGUGUACUAUUCGAAUGGUAUUUUACUCGACCAAGAAAUCUAUAAUGGUCUGGCGCAGUUUGCUGGGUCCAUGUAUGCUUCUUUGAACAAAACAGAGGUUGAAGAAAAAUGUGGGAAUUUUUCUUCCGUUGGAGAAUGUUUUGAUAGUCAGUUCAACACAACAUUUGCUGAAUUGUACCAAAAUAAUUCUAUGCAGACCAUCAUUACAGACGCCAAGAGUUGGCUAGAGGGCUAUGUUUUGGUCUUCGAUAGCGCUUUUACUUUAUACGAUAUGUCACGAAAAUCUGCUUAUGAGGAAUGCGAAGGAGACCUGGGAUUAAACUGGAACGGUAGAGGCUACAAAACUAUCUUAGAAGUGAUGCUGCAGCAGUACCCUGACCCAACCCAAGAACUGGCAGUUGUCAAUAACAUUCUUUUGAACAAAGAAGUUACAAGAAUAAUUUGGAACAAUAGUGCGAAUCAAGUUCAUUGUUUGGACAAUACCACUUAUGCAGCUGAUAAUGUGAUUUUCACAGCUUCUUUGGGAGUUUUGAAGGCCAGUCAUGAGAGUUUGUUUGAACCUGCAUUACCAGAUGAAAAAGAAAGGGCGAUAAGAAGUAUUGGCUUUGGGGCUAUUAUGAAGAUUAUUUUACAUUUUCCUCAUACUUGGUGGGACACUGCACAACCUUAUGCAUUUAUUUGGAGUGCAGCUGACAGAAAAAAAAUUCUGACUGAAGUUGGUAAAGGACCAGUAAGAAACGGAAGAUCCUGGUUAACAGAAAACACAUAUUUUAUACCCGCUGAUAACAACCCUAAAGUACUUAUGGGCUUUUUCGCUGGGGAAAUGGUUCCUGAAAUAGAACAAGAAUCCAAUGAAGUUCUUUCGGCUGGUUGCAUGUACAUGUUUAGAAAAUUCCUGGGUAAAACACAUAACAAUAUAACCGACCCAGACGAUAUAAUUAAAUCGAUGUGGUACAGCAAUCCCCAUUUUCGUGGAACAUACUCCUACGAUUCUGCCAAAAACACCGAACAAGGAUUACAGAAUAAAUUAGCAGCACCCUUGUUACGUAAAAAUGGAGAUCCAGCCAUACAAUUUGCUGGAGAAGCAACUCAUCCACAUCACUUCUCCACUGUCCAUGGUGCCAUCGAAUCUGGAUACAGGGAAGCCGACAGAUUGAUACAUUAUUACGCCCAACAUUAGGCAUAUUGCUCUUUUCAUUGAUGUAUGUACAUAUUUUUACAAUUAACAGCAAUUAAACAACUUCUUCUUUAAUCUU